UCUGGAUUUUUUUCCCACAGGGACACCGCUAGGAUGAAAAGGUCAGUUGAACACUUUAGGAAGGUUUUGUCAAUUGAUCCAUUGUUUUGGGCAGCGUACGAGGAACUUUGUAUGCUAGGCGAGGAUGAAGAAGGCGCUGUUUAUUUUGGUGAUGCAGCUAUUCCUUGUGUUCAAGAGCAUUACCUAGGUAACCCAUCCAGUUGUUUACUAAUUGCUGGUACCGGUCACAACUUGGGUUCUUCUCAAAGAUUUGGGUUCAAAGAUUUGAGUCUGUGUCACUUACAACAAAAGGAAGAGGAAAAAACCAGAGAUAUAUGUCAGAAUAAUCAUGGAGGACCUAUUUUAACAGGAGUUGUUGGGCAAAUAACAAACAACUGUUGCAAUACACCAUCUUUAAGUACUCCUUCCCCUGUUCCCACACAAAUUCGUGGCAGUUUAUUUUACGAUUAAGGACUUCGUAGAAGUGCAAGAUUAGUUGCAGCCCUGAGAAGCUUGAACACCUCAAAAGGAUCUGAAAACAAAGAAAGAAGUUUGCAUGCUUCAACUAAAUUAAACUUUGAGAAUUGCUCUUCAAUAGCUCAUCAAGGGAAAUUGCUGGAAACUUAUGAGGUUGUUGUAUAAGAGUUCAAAGCAACUUCCUCAUUUUAUCUUCAACUGCUAAUGUUAAUUCCAUUCAGCAUGAGAUAGUAA